AGCCAAACACGUGGUGAUGACGAAAAUUAAGAUUUACGUGUUGCUAUCGGUGUUAAUCAUAUUAGCGCAAAGUGCUCAUGGAUUUCAAUUACCAACUUACUUUUCAACGGAACUUGCAAGAUAUUCAAAUAUAAGUACAACAAGUACAUGUACCGAUGGUGGUCCAGAGAAUUGCAAUACUACCUGUCCGACAAGGACUAGCUUUCCUUCCUUUACGAAACCAAUAAAAUCGAUAUUUUCCAAAUGCACUGUAUACAAUGGUUCACCGCCCACACACUCGGAUAUAGGCAAUGGUGGGAUCGAAUUCAACUCUUCUACAACAAACUGUCCACUGCAUGAGGAAUAUUAUAAAGAAACUAAUCAGCACUUUACUAUAACUAUGUGGGUCAAAGUAUCAACUAGCACGAAUGUAUUAAGCAUUGGCAGUGGUCUCAAUUUGAAAUAUGAUAGAAAUGCAUUUGUCUUAAAUACAUCAAAACGAACAGUGUCGCCAGGAUGGUAUUUCAUCACUUUGAGGUUUAAUGGCAAAUUAAGUUGGUUUCUCAAUGGUCAGCUGGUUGCGGAUGGUCUUUCCUUUACCGCAUCAACAUCUUACAGUGUUAAACUCGGACCAGGACAAGUUUUGACAUCAUCCUUAAUUUUAGUAGACGUUCGCUGGUACUCGGAUGUAAUUACAGAUAGAGAAAUUGAAUACCUAAACAAAGGGCUAGACGACAAUGAUUUUUGCAGAUGCCCACCAACACACCCUAAAGUCGUGAAAGAUAUCCUUCCAGUCAAGAACAUGAAGUGCACCGAUGGAAGCUCGGAGGUCUUGCGUCUUGGUGAAAACGCUCAUAAUCCUGAAUACAUGGCUGAUGCCAACGCAACAACCAAGUGGGUGUCUGGCACCGUUAAUGAAGUCAAUAUAACUCUAACAUUGAAGACACAGUUUCAGAUCAAACGUUUAUCGCUCAUUGGAAUAGCGAAGCCACCAGCAAGUUUAAAUGCCAUCCUUCUCUUAAAUAAUGCCGAGGUUCAAGCUAUCAGAUUAACUGUGACUGGUGGAAAAGUUUCGUAUGACUUUGAGGAAGGAUCAAUCACUAGUAGAACACAAUACCAAAAGUUCAUAGCUAACAAAGUUAUUGUCCAGGCUAAAUUCAGUACUAAUGACUACCUUACUGUAAGUGAACUAACGCUCGAAGCUAGAUGUAGUUGUUAUGGUAACGAUAAUGCGUGCAGGAUUGUCAAAGAUGGUUACACGUGUAGUUGUUUAUCGUCCUCUAACACCAAUGGGACACAUUGUCAUGCAUGUGGAACCGGCUACUUUCGCAGUGCUGAGCAAUUUGUCUGUAACAACCCAUGUGGCUGCAACAUGACCGGAAGUAUUGACACUCAGUGUUUGGAGGUAGAUGGGCAAUGCACCUGUCACAGCAACAUUGAAGGUAAACAAUGUUCCGUCUGCAAGCACAAUACCGUGAACUUUUCUGAUAGCGGAUGUACAGCAUGCCAAUGUAACCCUGACGGCAUCACUAGCUGUAGUGAUGAUCUAACCUGUAACUGUAAACAAAACGUAGACAUUACGUCUGGUAAAUGUGACAAAUGUCUGCCUAACUAUUAUAAUAUAUCUAGUCCUUCCGGUUGUGCUGCCUGCGAAUGUGAUCCAUCCGGCACCAGGCUCACGGAGCCUUACUGUGAAAGUGGCAAAGGCAAUUGCGAUUGUAGAGCUAAUGUAGAAGGUAAAACGUGUAAAACAUGCAAAGAUGAAUAUUACGGAUUGUCAGGUAACAAAACAGACGGGUGUGAUGCUUGUGAGUGUAAUAUUGUAGGAUCUGAUUCGUUUAUAUGUGACAAAGAUACUGGUCAAUGUCCUUGUUUUGGUGAAAGCAAUCAUACACAAAUUAAUAACAGACAAUGCAUACCGACAGCGUUGAAACUGGAACCUUUGUUUGGACCAAAGGCUGGGUCAACAUUGCUUACCCUCACUGGAACAUUACUUGGUACAAACGCAGAUGUAAAACUUACCAUAGGUGGUGAAGAACAAACUGUUGUUGAUAGGAAUCUUACUUCCAUAGUAUUCAGAACAAAGGAAAGUACAGAAAUAGAAAAUAAACCAAUCAGAUUAGUCUGGAGUUACGGAAGUCACACAUACAGCGAUAACAACUUUGAUAACACAACACAAAUGUUUGAAUACAAGAACAAUCCCCAGAUGAUAGUACCCACAUUAAAUUUAAGAACAUUUGCAAGUGGGGGUUGCAUCAUUCAAGUUGGAGGUGACAAUCUUGACAGUGUUCCGUAUCCAAAGUUGCGACUUUAUCUAGAUGGUGGCAAGGAGAUUCAAUCGCCGUGUGUGGCAACAAAAAAGACAUUAAAGUGUCCGACUCCUACUAUCGAUAUAGAUGAUAAAGAUAGGAAUGUCUCGUAUGGAUUUUGGCUGGACGGAUUAAUGUUAUACGAGAACGUCACUGACAGACAGGGCUCUGAAUUGGAAGUAGUAAAGGACCCUUCUAUUUACACCAACAUGUCGGAAACCUUCCGGAAUACGUUUGAUAAUAUAUUCAAAGUAAAGGGUGAGCGUUUGAAUGAUGCCUGUCGUGACAGCGACGACGUUUCUAUUACUCUUGGACAUAAAAUUUGUGCUAUUCUAACCCGUCAUGACAACGUUAUCAAGUGUGAUCCAGGGGAAAGCUUCCCGGGUACAGCGAGAUCCGUUAAAGUCAAGGUGAAGAUAGGUAACACUACAGUGGUAUGGGGUACACUAAAGAUCAACUCGUUUUGGACCAACACUGAGUUUAUCUGCAUAGCCAUUGGCGCGGGUGUGUUCCUUAUUAUCAUCGUAUUUUUCGGCUGCAUUAUCAAAUGUCGUCGCAAAGGCAACAGUUAUAGCCCUGACGACAGUAUUCCGCUUGAAAUGGGUGAGUCGUUUCCCUUUCAACGUUUGGUUAAGUGA